CCCACAUCCAUGGCACUCAGAAGGCACAUGAAGAACUUUGUGAAAAAUUAUUCUGAAGCUGAGAUAAAAGUCAGAGAAGCAACAUCUAAUGAUCCUUGGGGUCCCUCCAGUUCUCUGAUGUUAGAGAUAAGUGACUUCACAUACAACAAAGUUUCUUUUUCUGAGGUUAUGAGCAUGAUAUGGCGCAGAAUGAAUGACCACGGUAAGAAUUGGAGGCAUGUGUACAAGUCUCUCACCCUCUUGGAUUAUCUCCUCAAGAACGGAUCAAAGAAAGUCAUUCAGCAUUGUCAGGAGGGAUUGUAUAACAUUCAGAUGUUAAAGGACUUCCAUCAUAUAGAUGAAGCUGGAAAGGAUCAAGGCUUUUAUGUAAGGGAGAAGUCUAAGCAAGUUAUUGCCUUAUUAACAGAUGGACAGCAACUGCAUAAUGAACGAGAAAUAGCACGUCGGACUAGGCAACGCACUUCCUAUUCAACGCUUUUCCCUCCAAAGACUUCUGGCAAAACUUGUUCAUCUGCGACACCUGCCUCAGAUCCCAUUUCAGAGAUCCCUCCUUCAGAAAAUAUCCCAUAUUUUUCCCUUAAGGCAUCACCUGCAGCUGAACAAAGGCAGUCUGCUCAGAUACCAGGUAAAGAAGAGAGAGCAUAUGAAACCGCAGCACCCAGUAUUGUCACAAAGAAGACAUCAGAGGACCUGAUUGUCUUUAGCGAGGAUGAACCUUCCACUUUUGCUGAGCAAUCAACAUUUCCUACCAGGGUCUCCAGAGAGGAACUAGCAACAGAUAAAAAAGCAGCUGCCAGCACCCGCAGGAAAGCAAAAACUACUUUGAACCCCUCUGAAAGGUUACCUGAACAAAAGUGGGCGUCAGGCAGGGAACCAGAGAGUUCUGUUGUCUCCAGUGUUAUGCUGAAGGCUCCUCCAAAGAAGGAGACAGGUGAAAAUAAAGUUACAGAGACUUUCUUUGACCUUUGGUCAAUACCUCCAGAAGAGUUUAUCCCAAUACCUCCAGAAGACUUUAUCCCAACUAACAAACAGGUCUCAAAGUCAGACUUUGUUCACUGUAGCAGUGAACUUUCUGUUGAGACCAUCUACCGGUCUCCUACGCUUCAAGCUUUUGACCCUUUAGGAAGCAACACAGUAGUAAACACCACAAAAUCAACUCCAACCUCUUCCAUGCAGUUCUGUGGACCUUAUUCAUCUUGCCUGCAAGACCUUGACUUUCCAGUAAAGGGGACUGCACAGACAGCGAACUUAAGCAAUCAUCUUUCACCAAGGCCAGACUCUAACAGUUCAGUGGGAACAACAUCCUCCUUUUCUACUUUCUCCACGUCAUCCCCUGAGUCAGUUGCUCAAAACAACAAAACGCAGGCUCAUUGUAUUUCUCCUCAUGGACCUUCUUAUGUGUUUGCACCACUCCGAAGACCUUCUCUUUUAUUUAAAGAUCUCAAGGAAAGGAUCACACAUUCCUUUUCUCAGGUAUCUGAUUUAGAUGAAAUUGAUAACACUAGCAUCGUAAGUCUCCUUCCAGAUAAUUCAAAGUGUUCAGUCAAAAAAGUGAAUAGUUUUAGGAGUAGAACUUGCCAUGCUUUGGGUGGGAGCACAGUAAAGAGUCUGAUGCACAAUUUACCUCCAGUGCCUCCUGGUAUGCCUUGUGCAGCAAAUCUUCCUCGUGCAGACUGCGAGAGUUCUGAUCAAAUGGCUGUCCUGGAAGAGAUUAAAAAUGCAGUGUGUGGACUAAGAGAGGACUUCUGCAGUGCAGCACAGGAUCUGCAUACCAUCAGAAGCGAGUUUACAGCUAUGAAGAUUUCCAUGCAAAAGAUGAUUGCUCCCCAAACUGCUCAAGGUGCUUCUGGCCAAAAAUAG